GAACAAGUUUAGUGGGAGUAAAGUCAACCUUGUUAGCAUCAAAUUCGUCUUCAUCACUGGGACUUACUGUGAUAAAUAUCUCAAUGUAUUGCCAUCAUUAAUGUGUUCAAUUUUAACCAUGUUUAUCUGUAAUCAUUUACACCAAACAAAAGUGCCUUUUACCAUCAAAUUGAUUACAAACAAAGUGUCAAUCCAUUGAAAUUUUACCUUACAAUUAACUUCAAAGUGACCUCAAGUGUUGAACCAUUGUGAACCAAUAAUGUGCAUUAAACAUUGAUCCAUUGAAGCCUUUGUAAAUUGUGAUUAUACUUUUAUCUGCCAAAUAAUAACUCAAUAGCAAAAAUGAAAUCAUUCAAUUCAUUCUCAUCUUUACUCAUCAUAUCAACAUUACUCAUUACAAUCAAAUCAUUUUCAGUAAACUGCCAAUCUGAAUAUAUUCAUCCAGUGCUUCCUCAAGCUGCUGCUCUGGUUGCCGAAAGUUUCACCUCGGAAACUGCACUGCCUACAGUUACUGUUCGAGGUUUCCUCAAUUUUCGAACCACUGUAGAUGGAACUGUCAUCGUCUUCACACCUGCUUCUGCAGCAGCUACUGGAGGACCCACAGAAAUUACGCCAACCAGUCCACCAUCCAUUCAGCCAAGCAGAAUAGAGGUUACAUCGAGUCCACCAAAGGUUUCUGAUAUAAAGCCAACAUCUGCAAGCUCACAUUAUGAUGUUAAACCAACAGUCUAUUCACCAUCACCAUCUUUCAACGAUCAAUUGUCUAGCGAACCAGUUAAUUCAGGAGCUCAAUAUCCAACUGGAUUGGUAACUGUGCUUGGUGGAACUGUGGUACUCAAUGGAGCAACUACAGUCCAUGAGACAAAAGUAAUUGGAACAUAUAUCAAUGGAAAAUAUGCUCAAAUUUUGAAGAGCACGUCUUACGUGAAGAGCUCAAGUGAACCAAUAUCAUCUUCAACUCGUCCAACCGAGAUUAAACCUUCUGCCUCAGUAAGCGUCAUUCCUUCAGCUCGACCACGUCCAAGCCGUGAUUCACUUAAAUCAGAAUCAAGUGAAAGUGUUAGACGUGUAAGGCCAUUAAAAGUCCUCGAGUCAUCUAAAAAGGAAGAUGAGCCCAAGGAAACGGAAGGCGGAAAUAGCAAUGUUAAAGAAAAUAAAGUUCAAUUACGUCGACCUACUCGAAUAGGAACAAGGUUGACUUAUGCUCCACGUGAAAAUCCACGGGUCCGAUUGAAUCGAUUCAAGGUGAAAGUUGCUGCAUCUUCAACUGCCUCACCUACUUCAAGGGAAAAGGUCGAAGAGGAAGCUGCCAAAGAGAUUAACCAACGUUUUCAAAAGCGCCUUGGUAUUGGACGCUCCGGAUCAAGCCUCAACAGCAGCUAUCGUCGAUCACGUAAUGAAGAAAAGCCCAGCACUCCAGCACCAGCACCUCGAGAAGAAGAAAUUCGCGAUACUGACCCACAAUCAUUAGGAAGUGGCUCCGAUCAUGGCUCAGAAAUAUCCUCUGGUUCAUAUUCACCUCCAUUAUUUGAUCAAAGUGAUCCUUUAAGUGGGCCAAUUGAACCUUCAGCUCCAUUGAAACAAGUUCAAACUGUAACAAGUGAGAUAACUCACCAUCUAAAUGGAUCACCAAUAAAAGUCGAUACAGUUACUUUAGUGACAACAGUUGAUGAACCAAUUCAUCCUUCCGCGCGCUUAUUACUUGCUGGUGAUGAAGGAGGUCUAAUUGAACCCACUGAGCCUUUACCGUUGAAUGGCAAUGAAGUUACCGGUGGACCAAAUGGACUAGAGUUACCACCCAUUGUUUUAAGUCGAACAUAUUCUUUGACUGAACACGUUUCACGAACAACUGUCGUGCCAGUUUUUGACGGUAAAGCUUCAGCUAAUCACACAAUAACGGAGAGCUUUGUUAUCCGUAAAUUGAUUACUGCUUACAAAACAAUGCCAUUUGGUGACUCUGCUCUUUUAGCAACUGCUUCAGCUGAGAUGUCUAACGGAACUGCAAUACUUGAUGGACUUGAAGCUUCCGAACAAAAUCUCGAACCUUCUCUUCUUGGUGGAGCAAUCGAAUUAACUUCAUUACCCGAGGAUGGAGCCUUGAUUAACGGUAAAGCAACUUCCGCCUUAUUAUCGACUGCAGGUCUUCAAACUCUUGAUCCCUCAACGGGAUUUGGACAAAAUGGAUUCAAUUCACCUUUAGGUCAAAAUCUUCCUCCUUUUGAUCUUUCUAAUCCUCUCGUGGUUGGAGCUGCUCUUCGUAACCCAGCUUUGGCUGCUAUGUAUCUUGGCUUACAAAAUUAUCAUAAUCAACAACCUGAUCAACCUCAAUAUGAAACAAUAACAAGACCGACUGAAGUUAUCUUACACGAAACUGUCUAUAAUACGAAGGUUCUUAGUUUCUAUGACGGUCGAGCAACCCGAACGCGAACCAUUACUGAGCCAGCUAGCACAAUUGAUAAAACCAUAACAACAGUAACAACUCAAGUUACUCCUCGAUUGAAUACUGUUGAUUUACUUGCAGCAGCUCAAGCCCAACAAUUUCAAAGACUUUUAGCCACUCAACUCUUGCAACCAAAUGGACCAACACUCCGAGCCUCAGUUCAACCUAAUCUCAAUGGUUUCCCUGGUUAUAACUUACCUUUACAGCAACCCAAUUUCAAUGGAAACAAUUUCAAUGGUAACAAUUUCUUAAGUGGACAACAACAAUUUCAACAAUUACAACAUGCUCAAGCACAACAACAACAACAGCAACAACAGCAGCAGCAACAACAACAACAGCAGAAUCAACAAAUUGCCAAUGGGCUUAAUCAACUUGCCUUUGGUCGCUUCGCUCAACCUCAGGUCCAACCUGCAUCAACUAUAACUCACACUUAUACAACAGUAACUGAUGCAACAUCAACACAAUCUAAAAUUUACACACUCAAAUACAAUGCUUUUAGCACUAAAUAUCGUACAGUUACAUCAACAAGUGUUUAUCCAACAACCGUGACAACAACCAGUACAAUUGUGGUUCAACCCUCACUUGGACCAGCUUUCAAUCCAUUUUUUGGUUGAUUUCUCUGUUUAUAAGCGUUUUAUACAUCAAUUCAAUCAUAACUUCUCAUGUGAAUAAAUUUAACUAAUAUUGAUUGAAUUACUUUCAAUUCAAAAUGAAUUCAAGUUGAAUUGAAUAAACAAAAAUGUGAUAUUGUUUGUCUAUUGGAAACAUCGACAUCGCUCUUGUGCUAAAACAACUCCAAAACUUCCAAAACAAAAAGGACAAAUGAUAUUUGUGACUAUUGUUGUUAAUUUUAAUUUUUUAUUUUACUUCUAAAUGAUUUAUUAAUCAAUAAAGUGUAAAUAAUUUUUUUUGAUAAAA